GGGGGGUGCGCACGCUGUGUGUUUCUUAGGGUAAAGUAGCACCGCGAGCCCCAGACCGAGCAGUCCCCGUCAGCUUGUGUGCUGUAGGUAGGCUUUGAUUGUUGGAGCAGUAAAGCCCAAGGUUUAACGGGCAUGGCCGCGGUUUUAGUGCCAGUUUAUACUCGAAUACACGGCAGAAAAGCGCCCAGCCGUCGGGCCGACUGCGCGUAAUUACGCAGCCGGAAUCUGUGGGAAAAUUACGUCCAAGGUUUUUCCAAGAAGGGAUUCUGUUUUCUUCUGUACUCCAGCCGGUGUGUCCAUCCGUGUCCAAAACAGACUGUAUCCAGGGGGGAUUUUAAAAAAACAAAACAAAAAAAAAAACCGGGACAUCAGUAGGAGAUCCAGGAGGAGAGACGCCGACAGAGAGCAGUUCUUAGGAGCUUUCUGGAAGCCGUUUUCUUCCACCAAAACAUUGGGAAAUAAGAGGAAAUCUCUCGGUCAGAUUGCAGGGGACCGUUGGAGAGACACCGUCACGUGACCCCCGGUACCAAAUGGUCUUCCGGCAGUGGUUUUCAACAAGGACCGGAGCACAAGCAGACGCCGCCACUUCUCUCAGAAAUGCAGAAGACAACAUACUACGACAACUCCUCGACGCUUUUCGGUGGCUACUCGUCCUACCAGGUGCAAGGGGCGGCAGCGGCGGCAGCAGCAGCGGCCGCCAACGGCUUUGGGGGCUACGAUGCCCCGGUCCCAGUGUCCCACCACCAGCCGGCCUUCCAGUCGGCGACCCAUCUGGAUGUGGAUUCCUACCAGCGCUCUGCCUGCUCUUUACAGUCGCUGGGCAGUAACAGUGGCCACCAGCAGCAGCAGCAGCAGCAGCUAGCCAAGACCAAGGAGCUGAAUGGCAGCUGCAUGCGGCCCAGCCUGCCACCUGAGCACCACCCCGGCUCCCAGGUGUCCCCCUCCGCUCCUCCCAACCCCAACAACGGCAAUACAGGGGCUCAGCAGCCGGGGGGCAGUAAUGGGGCAUCCUCAGCCUCCAAAUCAGCCUCCAAUAAGUCGUCCAAUUCCUCCUCCUCCACAUCUUCCUCCUCCUCCUCCUCGCUGCCCCCCAACCCGACCUUGGCCAAGCAGAUCUUUCCCUGGAUGAAAGAGUGUCGUCAGACGACCAAACAGAAAAACUGUUCACCCAGCAACAACUCUGGCAACGUGUCAGGAGGAGCUGAGAGCGGUAGCGGCGGGGAGAAGAGUCCUACCAGUGGGUCGUCAGCGUCAUCUAAGCGGGCUCGCACGGCAUACACCAGCGCCCAGCUGGUUGAGCUGGAGAAGGAGUUCCACUUCAACCGGUACCUGUGCCGGCCACGGCGUGUGGAGAUGGCCAACCUGCUCAACCUGUCUGAGCGCCAGAUCAAGAUCUGGUUCCAAAACCGACGCAUGAAGUAUAAGAAGGACCAGAAGUCCAAGGGCCUGAGCUCCAGCUCCGGAGGGCCCUCACCAACCGGAUCCCCACCCCUGCCCAUGCAGUCUUCCGCCAGCUUCCUCAAUUCAAUACACCCGAUGGGAGGGGGAGGCGGGGCAGGCUACGAUGCCCCGUCUCCGCCAUCUUUCGGCAAGCCCCACCAGGGAGUGUCUUACUCCAUGUCCACUGCCUACUCCAAUGUCCCCAUGAAGGGCUGCCCCUCCCAGCAGAAGUACGGUGCCCCAGACCCGGACUAUGGUGACCCUCAUCCCCACCACGGCCUUGUGCAGGCCAACAGCGCCGGCUAUGGGACUCCCACCAACAUGCAGGCCAGUCCAGUCUACGUGGGGGGUGGCAGCUAUGUGGAACCCAUGCCCGGAUCGGGGCCCUCCAUUUACGGGCUAAACCACCUUGGCCCCACGCCACCCCACCACCAAACAAUGGACUACAAUGGCGCAGGGCCCAUGUCGGCCACCAACCAGCACCACGUGGGCGGAGGAGGGCCCCCGGGUACCUGUGACCCGCCCACACACCCAACGUACACUGAGCUGUCAGCGCACCACACCUCGACUCAGGGCAGAAUCCAGGAAGCACCCAAGCUCACUCACCUGUAGCAGGUUUGGAACAAAAUGACAACGUAGGAAAUAGUGAAGACGACACAGAACAAGUAACAUGACGUGACUCACUAACAGACUAACUAACAUGUGGGGACUCUACCGCUGCAAGGGGGAUGACAUGAGAGACAAAACAAGACAGACAGGAGCCAUCCAGUGGUUUGACCUGUGCUCUACAGUCAGUGUUUGGUGUUGGCCUGCCCCACCCUGUUUCCACUGCCUUCAUAAAGCACUCCAUCAAGUCAGAUUAGGGCCAGCGCUCAGAGGUUUCACUGUUACCUUCAAAGUGCAGUUAAUUUCAUUUCAACAAACCAGAGGUUGUGUCUGUAAGCUAGCAGCACUAAUGCACCCAAACCAUGAACCAUUCAUGUUGCCAGAAGAAACUGAUAUAACACACAACCUGCAGUGUGAAAGUAGUUGAAUCAGUGGUAGUUGCCAAAAAAUUUCAAAGACUUUUUUUUUUUAUUAGGCUGGGACCAAACUCAUUAACUUUAACUUCACAUCCUCAUACAGGAAAUGAGGAAACAAAAACUUUAAAACACUUAACAGUUCAUUAUCUUUUUAAAAUUCCUGAAAACCUUAGAAAAUGAGAUGUCAUUUAAAAAAAAAAAAAAAACCUAAAAUGAAAGAAAAAUCUUUCUGUGUAA